AUGUCCGCUCGUCGCCCUCCUCCCGCUUACACCGCACCGCCCGAUUCGGGAGUGCAUGCCACCUCACCGCUGUACCGGGCCAUCUCCGAAACGGCCAGCAGCCCCUCAGCGCGAGUGCCCCAGAACUCAUUUACCAUUCGACCAUGCUCCGGCCAAGCAUGGGUGGUGCCCGCCGGUCACAUCUGCCGCCUGACGACACCCAAGGGACCGCAGGUCGGCGACCUGAACAUCUGGAACGCAAAGAACCCGCGAGAGCGCAUGUGGGCGGCGCGGACGCGACAGAUCCAUGCCUCUCACGUCUCGGUCGGUGAUCGCCUGUGGUCCAACCUGCCGUAUUUACGACCUCUGGUCACGAUCACGGGCGACUCCCUCGGCGGCGGACAGCUGCAUGAGGUGCUUGACGCGGAUGGCAAGCGGAAACCCGAGGUUGAGUUUGGGACGACGCAGUUCGGGGGCCGGGUGCAUGAUCUGCUCGGCACACGGUGCGAUCCUUACGUCAAUUUGCUCAUGGGCGGGGAGACGUUUGAUUUUCACUGUCACUCGAAUCUGACCCGCUCGGUGGUACCGUAUGGAUUGACGGAGCUGGAUGUGCAUGACGUGUUGAAUGUGUUUCAGGUGACAGGACUCGAUGAGCAGGGCAAGUACUUUAUGGAGACAUCUCCGGCGAAGCAGGGGGAGUACUUUGAGUUUUUCGCUGAGGUGGAUGUCCUCUGCGCGCUGUCGGCCUGUCCUGGCGGCGACCUUUCCAACUGGGGCUGGGAUGACAAGGAGGGUGGCAUGGGGGCAACCUGCCGUCCUCUGGGCGUGGAGGUGUAUCAAUUGGCGGAUGACACGGUGCUGGCCGGGUGGAAGGAGCCCUCUAGUCCCCAAUACCGAGGCAUGCAUGGGAUGAAAAUGCCUACGCGGGAGGCAGAUGGCUACGUGGGGUUGUAG